AUGGCUUUAGCAAGCAUUCCUCUGCCACCCCCAAGCACAAUCGCAGGCCUCGGCAUCUUUGCAAUUUGCUUAUCCCUCAUCCUCCGCAUAGUCUACAACCUCUGCUUCCACCCUCUUGCCAAGUAUCAUGGCCCGUGGUACGCCGCAUCGUUCUCGAUAGUCCACGCGCUCAUAUCAGUCUUGAAUUAUGAGCCGCAAUGGAUGCUCUCGCUAGCCAAACAAUACGGAACCGACAAACCAAUCCGAGUUGCGCCCACGCUCCUCCUCUUCCCCCAAACCGCCGCUUUGAAAGACAUAUACUGGGAUCCAAAGUGCAAUACCAAAUCCCGCUUCUACGGCACGGGCUCCCUGGGUCCGCCGCAUCUCUUCACGACCCUCGACGGGAACGCCCACAAGUCCCUGCGGAAAGCCCUCGGCGGCCCUCAAUGGUCCAUGGGCGGCCUCAAAAACAACUGGGAAGCGCGCUUCGACUCCCACAUCCAGCUCUUCGUCCGGCGCAUGUCCGAAUUCGCCGAGAGGAAUGAGCCGGUCGUCCUCUCCGACAAAGUAGCCGAAUUCGCAGCCGACAUCAUGACCAUGGUCUCCUUCACCGAACCAUGGGGCUUCGUAAAUAACAGCCGCGAUGAGCGCAAUCUACUACACAGCUGGCGCCGCGGCCUCGUAUCCUUCGGCUUCGUCAACCGCUUCCGUUGGCUGCGCGACAGGGUCACGAGGGUCUGGUGGGGGCACUACUUCCUCCCUAGCUCGAGCGACGAUGUCGGUAUGGGAUACCUGAUGGCCCAGGCCGACAGGCAGGUCUCCGAGAGGGAGCGGCGGAUGGAGGAGGAGGGGUUCUCGCAGGAGAAGCCCGACUUCAUGCAGCUAUGUAUCGAAGCCCGUAUGGACGGAAAGCCACUCACCCCUUCUCAGAAGCGCGCGCACGUUACACUCCUGAUCCAGGCCGGAGCCGACACGACUGGUACCACGCUCGGAAGCACUCUCCGCUUCCUGCUCACGCACCCCGCCGCCCUCGCUCGUGCUCGCGCCGAGAUCGAUGCGGCCGAUGCUGCGGGCCAUCUCAGCGCGACGGUGCAGUAUGAAGAAACACGCACGCAUCUGCCCUUCUUUGUGGCGUGCAUCAAGGAGUCGAUCCGGCUACACCCCGCCGCGAUGAACCUCUUCGCCAGAGUGGCGCCCUCUGGAGGUAAAGUCGUGGACGGGACGUGGGUGCCGGCCGAGGCGGAGAUAACGGCCAACGCCUAUGUCGUGCAGCGGGACCCGCGGCUCUACGGCCCGGAUCCGGAGGCCUUUCGACCGGAGAGGUGGUUGGAGGGGGAAGCUGGGGGAAAUGCGAAGGAUGUUGUUAGUGAGAUGGACGCUUGCAUCUUUGCUUUCGGGAUCGGGCCGAGAGUAUGUUUGGGGAAGGAUGUUGCGAUUAUGGAGCUGUACAAGUUGCUUCCAGAGGUUGUUCGUCGAUUCGACUUUGACAUGAGACGAGAGGGGCGAUUGGUGGUGGUUGGAGGUAUUGCGUAUAAUGAGAACUUUUGGGUUCAGCUCAAGGUUAGGGACUGA